GCACAGAUGGGACGUCUCUGCAAGGAGGCGCUGGAGGAGUUGAAGCAGAUGAACUCUCAGAACGCCAAAGGGAAGCUGCAGGGCUUCUUGGACAUUCUGGAGAAGCCGAUAAAUCUGGUCGGGCAGCAGAGCGAGAGCGUGGAGCAGAGACACCGGACCGCGACGGAGCUCAUGGCCACAGUGGAGAAGCAGUUGAGAAUGCUGGCCCUGACCCUGCGUGACAGCACGAUCAGCAUCGUAUCCACCAAUGGCACAGAGCUGGGGCUGGCGGUCAGGCAGGCUGGGUACCAGAGCCAGGAGACCGUGACACUGCAGCAGAGCAAGACGCAGAUGGAAUUAAACUGGGCCGGAGCCCCAGGACAGAAAAAUGAAGGCUUCACGCUGGCCGGGCUGCUGACAUACCAGGGGAUGAGCUCCAUCCUGGACGGUGCUGGGUGGGUGGAGGCGCCCGAGUGGGACAGGAUCGGCCAGACGGGGAAGUGGGCGCAGGACCCCGGGCGGCCCAGCUACCGUGUGCUGUCUCCAGUGGUGUCGGCCUUCAUCAGUGACCCGAACCCCCAGGCACUCGGCCUCUCCGUCAGCAUCCGCUUCAGCCACCCGGUGCCGGAGUCCAAGGCCGACCUGCGCCUCCUCUGCGCCUACUGGGAGCCUGACAGCAGGCACUGGGCCACCAACGGCUGCACCCUGCAGAAGUUGACCACCAACAGCACCCGCUGCCAGUGCAACCACCUGACCAGCUUCGCCGUGCUCAUGGCCUUCUACGAGCUGGAGGACUGGACCCUGGACGUCAUCACCAAGGUGGGGCUGGUGAUCUCGCUGCUGUGCCUGCUGCUGUCCAUCGUCACCUUCCUCUUCUGCCGCGCCCUCAAGGGCCCCCGCACCACCAUCCACCUGCACCUCUGCCUGGCGCUCUUCAUCGCCUACACCGUCUUCCUCACCGGCACCUCCAGCACCGGCAACAGGGUGGUGUGCGGCGUGGUGGCCGGGCUCCUGCACUAUUUCUUCCUGGCCGCCUUCUGCUGGAUGUGCCUGGAGGGCGCCGAGCUCUACCUGCUGGUGGUUCAGGUCUUCACCCCCCACGGCCUCAGGCGCCGCUACAUGUUCCUGCUGGGCUACGGCGUGCCGGCCCUCAUCGUGGGCGUCUCGGCCGCCAUCUACAGCAAGGGCUACGGCACGGCGCGCCACUGCUGGCUCUCGCUGGAGAAGCAAUUCAUCUGGAGCUUCCUGGCGCCCGUCUGCAUCAUCAUCGCGGUCAACGCCGUGAUCUUCGUGGUCACCGUCUGGAAGCUGUCGCUGAAGUUCGCUGACAUCAACCCCGACAUGAGCCAGCUGAAGAAGCUCAGGUAGCGGGCGCGGCCCCCGGGGCAGCAGAGACCCUGGCACUGCCCUGCUGCCCCCCGUCGGGGGAGGGGGA